AUGAAUUACUAUCUCGAUACUAGUGCUGCUAGUGCUGGGUUUCAAGGGGAUCCUGUGACUUGUGCCGCCGAUACGAAACCCGCAUUGGCCCCCAACUGGUACAUCAUGGGCCCCCCUGUUGUGUGUCCUGCGGAUUAUCUCGAGAUGAACCUGUCAACCGCAACGAAUCCCGGCAUGAUGGAGAUGGGGGACAGUGUGGAAAGGCGGUACCGCGGAGAAGUAGUGGAAAAUUAUCCGCAGGGUCCUUCCGAUCCUGUGGGAAAGAGCGAUGUGGAAGGAUUCCCGCGACCGCAACUGGGCAGCUCUCAAGAGGACAACGAUACCGCGGAACAGCAUCUGAGUGGAUUGAACGGGUUGAGCGGGUUAAGCGUGUCUCCGAUCGUGGGGGGAGUUGUGGGGCUACCGGACCCAUCGGCGAAACAGCCGGGAUUUUCACUGAAAGAUCGUGCGAAAGAUGGAUUCUUCAUGGACAAUCUGCUGCAACUCAGCAGUCACGGACAUAUUCCCGGCAACACCUCGUUGUCCCUAUGCGAUUCUGCAGGAUCGUCUAGGAAGAUUUUGAAACGGGAGACGGUACCAUCGAAAGAGCAUUCAGGAUCAUCGAAGAAACCGAGACGAACUCGAACCUCCUUCACCUCGCAACAGAUACUGGCGUUGGAGAAGAUCUUCGAAAGAACCCACUAUCCCGACGCCUUUGUGCGCGAAGAGUUGGCAAAGGAAAAUAGUCUCAGCGAGGCUAGAGUACAGGUCUGGUUCCAGAAUCGCCGAGCCAAGUUCCGUCGGAACGAGCGCAGUGCCUCGUGUUCCUCCGCAUCAAGAGUAGAAGAUUUCUAUCCUUCCAACAGCUUCGCGAUGCCCACAUCGUCAUCGUCCUCAGGUGCUCCAUGUUUGGACCGGUUGUUCCGCAGCUACAAACUCAUCUACACUUACAUCAUCCCGUGA